GCGUCCCCGCCUCCCAAGUUUUCGGCCCGCCGCGUCGCGCCGUCCUCUUCCUUCCUUUCCUUCUAACUCUCUUUUUUCCUUCUUUCCUUCCUUCCGCCGGGCGCUAUGGAGCCAGGGCGCCGGGCGGCCGCGGCGCUGCUGGCGCUGCUGUGCGCUGGUUGUGCGCUGCGCGCCGGGCGCGCCCAGUACGAGCGCUACAGCUUCCGCAGCUUCCCGCGGGACGAGCUGAUGCCACUCGAGUCGGCCUACCGGCACGCGUUGGACCAGUACAGUGGCGAGCACUGGGUCGAGAGCGUGGGCUACCUGGAGAUCAGCCUGCGGCUGCACCGCCUGCUGCGCGACAGCGAGGCCUUCUGCCACCGCAACUGCAGCGCGGCGCCCCUGCCCGAGCCCGCCUCCCGCUUCGCCGGCUAUCCGGAGUUGCGCCUCUUUGGGGGCCUGCUACGCCGCGCGCACUGCCUCAAGCGCUGCAAGCAGGGCCUGCCAGCCUUCCGCCAGUCCCAGCCUAGCCGCGACGUGCUGGCGGAGUUCCAGCGCCGCGAGCCUUACAAAUUCCUGCAGUUCGCCUACUUCAAGGCAAAUAAUCUCCCGAAAGCCAUCGCAGCUGCUCAUACCUUCCUGCUGAAGCAUCCUGAUGAUGAGAUGAUGAAGAGAAACAUGGCGUAUUACAAGAGCUUGCCUGGUGCUGAGGACUACAUUAAAGACUUGGAAACGAAGUCAUACGAGGUACAUUCAGAUGUUUACAUAGCAGUCAGUUGCAGCGAGAACUGGAGAACCUCCAUCACCGACAUGGAACUGGCCCUUCCUGACUUCUUCAAAGUCUUUUAUGAAUGUCUUGCGGCCUGUGAGGGUUCCAGGGAGAUCACGGACUUCAAGGAUUUUUAUCUUUCCAUAGCAGAUCACUAUAUAGAAGUUCUGGAAUGCAAAAUACAGUGUGAAGAGAACCUCACCCCAGUUAUAGGAGGCUACCCAGUGGAGAAAUUUGUGGCCACCAUGUACCACUAUUUGCAGUUUGCAUAUUAUAAGUGUAAUUACAAGCACUGGGGGAUUACUGGGGACAGUUGCAACAGGAACUGUUCUGCCUUACUGAAGAAGUGCCAGAAUCCAGAAGCAGUUCAGUUCUUUAACGUGACUACCCUCCAGAAGGAGCUGUAUGACUUUGCUAAGGAAAAUAUAAUGGAUGAUGAUGAGGGAGAGGUUAUAGAAUACGUGGAUGACCUCUUGGAACUGGAGGAGACCAGCUAGUCCACAGCAACCAAAGAGAGUUCUUCUAGAUGUUCUGGAAACACAGACUCUUUGUCCUCCUUCUAACAGCCCAGGUUGUUGAUACCUCAAAGCCUUCUCUUUACCGUAUAAAGCAAAAGGGAAGCCCCCUUUGCUCUCCCUACAUGCCUUCCCCAUGUUCACACCUGCCUCCCCAUGUUCACACCUGCCUUCCUAUCUUCAUACUGGUCUUCCUUAUCUUCACACCAGUCUUCCUCAUGUUCACACUUGUCUGCCCCCACCCCCCGUUUACACCUGCCUUCCUCAUGUUCCCACCUGCCUUUCUCACCAUUUUGGUUUGAGGGACAGUCUUCCAUGGUUUGUUUUUUUCUCAGAAAAUCAGUAUUAUUUUUUAAACAAGAAAAACAUUUCUAAAAGAUACUAAUUGUGAAAACCUA